AUGGAGUCCAUACGUUCCUCAAUCCACUCGUUCAACAUCUACGUCGGCCGGUCGACUUUCGGCAGGAUAUUCCGUCUCUCUGGUUGUGGGCAUAAAGAUGAGAUCCUGCAUACGAAGUUCACCACCGAAGUGCGGGCAGGACUUACGUCCUUCUUCACAAUGGCGUACAUCAUCGCGGUCAAUGCUACUAUCCUCGCUGAUACAGGCGGUAAUUGCGUGUGCAAUGAUGCCACAGACCCUCUGUGCUUAACGAACACGGAAUACCUCAUUUGCAAGCAGGAUUUGAACCGUAACCUCAUCACCGCCACAGCGGCCGUAGCCGGCUUCAGCUCUUUCCUCUUUGGCUUCUUCACCAACAUGCCCGUGUGUCUUGCACCGGGUAUGGGCCUCAACGCAUACUUCGCCUACCAGAUCGUCGGCUUCCAUGGCCAAGGCCUCAUCUCCUACAACCUUGCGCUCACUGCUGUCUUUGCAGAGGGCUUCAUAUUCAUCUUCUUGUCCUUGAUUGGCAUGCGACAAUGGCUCGUCAAGAUCAUACCAGUAUCGCUCAAGAUUGCCGCGGCAUGUGGUAUAGGACUCUUUCUUGCAGAAGUCGGACUGAGCAACAACGCGGGCAUUGGUGCCAUUGCGGGCUCAAAGAGUACCCCACUUGAUAUCGCGGGGUGUCCUGAUCAAUACAAGGAUGAGUUUGGCUCAUGCACAAGUCACAAGAUGACUUCACCUACUAUGUGGCUAGGCAUCCUUGGUGGUGGUAUCUUGACAGCUUACUUGAUGACAUACAAGGUCAAGAGCGCCAUGAUUCUAGCUAUUUUGCUCGUGUCAAUCAUCUCAUGGCCACGAGGCACUUCAGUUACUUUCUUCCCCUACACUGAGGUCGGCGAUAACCGCUUCGAGUUCUUCAAGAAGGUCGUGGACUUCCAUCCCAUCAACCGCACAUUGAACGCCCUGGACUGGAACGUCAACGCAGCACCUGGCCAUUUCGCACUCGCUCUUUUCACUUUCCUAUAUGUUGACAUUAUCGACUGCACAGCUACGCUCUAUUCGAUGGCACGUUUCUCUGGAGUGGUGGACGCAGAGACCGGAGACUUUCCGCGAUCAACGAUAGCCUAUUGCACAGAUGCUUUCUGCAUCUCCAUGGGCGCACUUCUCGGCUGUUCACCCGUCACGGCCUUUAUUGAGAGUGGAGCAGGAAUUGCAGAGGGCGGGAAAACAGGACUGACUGCCAUGACCUGUGGUGUCUGCUUCCUCAUUUCGAUGUUCUUCGCACCUAUCUUCGCUUCGAUCCCACCAUGGGCUACUGGAAGCACUUUGGUUCUCGUCGGUUGCCUGAUGAUGCGACAAAUCUCCUCCAUCAACUGGCGAUACAUCGGCGACGCCGUCCCAGCCUUCGUAACCGUAAUGUUCAUCCCAUUCGGAUACAGCGCAGCCUACGGUCUUAUUGCGGGCUUGAUGGUGUACACGGCACUCAACGGCAUGAUCUAUUUGACAAAGCUUAUAUCCGGCGGAUACAUCGUUCCCGAAGACGAAGAUAAUCGUGAAUACUGGACUAUCAAACCCGCCGGCAGACUCCCCUGGUUCAUCUCCGCAUCCCAGAACCUUGCCGAUCGCGUGCGGGGAAACGACAGGAGACAAAAGUCCCCGGAUGCGCUCUCCAUCCGAAGCACGGAGUCGGAGUGGAAGUACCAUGAUCGCAUUGGCUCGAACGGAUCGAAUCGCGAGCUCGACUCUGUCGUCAUUCAAGCCUUGCCCACUGAUCCUCGUCGGGAGAAGGUUUUCAGGUCCAUGGGGAGAUGA